AUGGACCCCCUUACCAUUGGCAAGGAUGUGAUGCGAUGUGACAUGUGUGAGACCGCUAAGGUACAGAUGCACUGCGAUAUAUGCCUUGUCAACCUGUGUAAGGUCUGUGUGGGAGAACACAUCUCAACAGGUGAAUAUAAAGAUCACAAAGUCGUCAAAUUUCAGGACAGGGAAUCUACUCUCCUCUACCCUCGAUGUGAACUUCACUCAGAUUACAGCUGUGAGUUGCACUGCAAGGAAUGCGAUAUUCCGGUUUGCUCCGCUUGUAUUGCCUCCAGAAAACACAAAGAACAUAAUGUCCACUUAAUAAAUCGCAUUCUUGCCAAAAAGAAAGCAGAAAUCCAAACAGAAAUUAAUGAAUUGGAGGGAUCCAUCCAUCAAGCGUACCUGGACAUUGCCUCUGAUGAGCAUAUUUUUGGAAAAAUAGUCGCAACAACAAUAUCACCUAAUACCCAAGGUGACAAUAUAAAAACAGCACAGGGAUUGUUCGGAGCUACCUUAUCUCCUUUACAAGAGAAGUUAACAGAAGCUGGAUCCUCUCCUCCUGUCAAACAGCUGCUUGAUCAACCAGAGAUUGUCACCACAAUAUAUACUCGAUUUAAAGAUUACCUAUGCAAUGUGGCCUGUCUGAGUGACGAAGAAAUCUGGACACAUGGAAAUGAGAACACCAUGAAACUCUACAGUAUCAAUCAGGGAUCACUACUAAAGUCAAUCAGAACCAAGUCAGGGAUUUUGGCAGGGGACAUAGCAGUGACAAAAAGUGGAAAUCUAGUUUAUACUGAUAACAAAGAUGGAACUGUGAACAUUGUGAAGAAUGAGAAGAUAGAGGAGGUGAUCAGACUACAGAACUGGAGACCUCGCACUGUCUGUAGUACCUCUUCUGGUGACCUCCUGCUUAUCAUGAGCACUGAUGAUGACAAACAAACAAAAGUUGUCUGUUACUCUGGCUCCACAGAGAAGCAAACCAUUCAAUUUGAUGAUAAAGGGAAUCCUCUCUAUUCAACUGGCUGUUUUACUAGACACAUAACUGAGAACAGGAACCUAAAUAUCUGCGUGUCUGAUCAGGGAGUUAAAGGAGUAGUGGUGGUCAAUCAGGCUGGGAAACUGCGAUUCAGUUACACUGGACAUACUCCUGCUCCAAGGAACAAACCAUUCUGUCCACAUGGAAUCACCACAGACAGUCAGAGUCACAUCCUUACCGCUGAUUAUCACAAUGACUGUAUCCACAUCAUAGACCAGGAUGGACAGUUCCUCCGUUACAUAGACUGUGGACUGAGUGAACCCUUUGGACUGUGUAUAGAUUCAAAUGACAAUUUGUUUAUUGCUCAAAAUAGAAAUAGACAGGUGAAGAAAAUAAAGUAUCAGAAGUGA